AUGGCCGUCGAGGCUCGCUCCCUCGCCUCACUCAAUUUCCUCGCCGCCAAUCCUCCUCAGUAUCCCGUCAACCCAACCGAGGAGAAACAGGACCCUCUCACCCUAUACAUCUCCCGUGUGCCGGGCACCCGAGGUGAGCCAGCGUCGUCAGCACGCCGCCGCCACCAAACAGUGGUUCACGUCUCAGACUAA